AUGGAAGAAGAGGGAAAGAGGGAAUUAGAGAGAAAAUGGGCAAUCACAUGGGAAGGAUUUGUUCAAGAGCUAAAGAAAGCUGGCUAUAUAGCAGCACCAAUGGUGGCUGUGUCAGUUUUGCAGUAUCUCCUACAAGUUGUGUCUGUGAUAAUUGUAGGACACCUUGGUGCACUUGCCCUCUCCAGUGUUGCCAUUGCCACUUCUAUUACCAAUGUUACAGGGUUUAGCCUUCUUUCGGGAAUGGCUGGUGGACUGGAAACUCUAUGUGGGCAAGCAUAUGGAGCUAAACAAUAUCAAAAGCUUGGAACUUACACUUACAGUUCAAUCAUCUCUCUAAUAAUUAUGUGCCCUCCAAUUUGUGUCCUGUGGAUCUUCAUGGGCAAACUACUACCUCUAGUAGGCCAAGACACUUCAAUCUCAGAAGAAGCUUGCAAGUACUCGAUGUGGCUAAUCCCAGCACUAUUUGGGGGUGCAGUCCUUAAACCUCUGACUAGAUUCCUCCAGACACAAAGUGUGAUUCUACCAAUGCUCAUAACCUCAUUUUCCAUCCUAUGUUUUCACACCAUCACAUGCUGGACUCUUGUGUAUAAACUGCAAUUAGGACAAAAGGGUGCAGCUAUAGCCUUCAGUUUAUCAACUUGGUUGAAUGUGGUAUUGCUUGGCCUUUAUGUAAAGUUCUCUUCUUCAUGUGAGAAAACCAGAGCUCCAUUGACAAGAGAAGCCUUUUAUGGUAUCGGAGAAUUCUUCCGGCUUGGUGUCCCUUCUGCUGUUAUGGUUUGUCUUAAAUGGUGGUCCUUGGAGUUGCUAACUUUGCUUUCAGGCCUUUUCAAAAAUCCAAAAUUGGAGACUUCCGUGCUUUCUAUAUGCCUCACAAUCUCUACGUUGCACUUUACUGUACCUUACGGAUUUGGAGUUGCUGCAAGCACCCGGGUUUCGAAUGAACUUGGAGCUGGGAACCCUCAAUUAGCUAGAAUCGCAGUUCUGGUUGCAUUGUUUCUUGCUGGCUCAGAGUCAGUCAUUGUGAGCUCAGGACUCUUCCUUUCCCGGCAAGUUUUGGGAUAUGCUUACAGCAACGACUGGCAGGUUGUGCAUUAUAUUUCAGCCAUGACUCCUCUGAUUUGUCUCUCGGUCAUUAUGGACAGCUUACAAGCUGUCCUUUCUGGUGUUGCUAGAGGAUGUGGAUGGCAGCAUAUAGGAGCUUAUAUCAAUCUGGGUGCAUUUUAUCUGGUUGGGCUUCCAGUGGCUGGUGUACUUGGUUUUGUAGCUCAUUUAAGAGGAAAAGGCCUUUGGAUUGGAAUUGUAGCUGGGUCCUUAGUGCAAUCAUUUCUUCUUUCUAUCAUUACAGCCUUUACAGAUUGGAAUAAACAGGUAACCGAGGCAAGGGCAAGGGUAUGUGAGAGAAGAUCUUCGGUCGAGAAUGAGGAAAAUUAA